AUGAGGGAAAUCGUCCACAUCCAGGCCGGGCAGUGUGGUAACCAGAUCGGAGCUAAGUUCUGGGAAGUGAUAUCUGAUGAACAUGGCAUCGACCCAACCGGCGCUUACCAAGGAGACUCUGAUCUUCAGCUCGAGCGAAUCAACGUGUACUACAACGAAGCUUCCGGUGGCAAAUACGUCCCCAGAGCUGUCCUCGUCGACCUCGAGCCCGGUACCAUGGACUCAGUGCGUUCAGGACCGUUCGGACAAAUCUUCCGCCCAGAUAAUUUCGUGUUCGGCCAGUCUGGUGCAGGGAAUAACUGGGCCAAGGGACACUACACGGAAGGGGCAGAACUAGUAGAUUCGGUACUUGACGUAGUCCGAAAAGAAGCGGAAGGUUGUGAUUGCUUACAAGGAUUUCAGCUGACACAUUCAUUAGGCGGGGGCACUGGGUCUGGAAUGGGCACUUUACUAAUAUCUAAAAUAAGGGAAGAGUACCCUGAUAGAAUUAUGAACACAUUUUCAGUUGUCCCUAGCCCGAAAGUUUCAGAUACAGUCGUAGAACCGUACAAUGCGACGCUUUCUGUUCACCAACUUGUCGAAAACACUGAUGAAACUUUCUGCAUUGAUAACGAGGCGUUGUAUGACAUUUGCUUCCGUACUUUAAAACUGACGACACCUAAUUAUGGAGACUUGAAUCAUUUGGUGUCGGCAACUAUGUCUGGUGUUACAACUUGUCUAAGAUUUCCAGGUCAACUGAACGCGGACUUACGGAAGCUGGCUGUGAAUAUGGUCCCGUUUCCUAGAUUACAUUUCUUUAUGCCUGGGUUUGCCCCCCUCACGUCUCGUGGAAGCCAACAAUAUCGCGCCCUGACGGUGCCUGAAUUGACACAACAAAUGUUUGAUGCCAAGAAUAUGAUGGCGGCUUGUGACCCACGUCACGGUCGAUACCUGACCGUUGCAGCUAUCUUUCGCGGAAGGAUGUCCAUGAAGGAAGUGGACGAACAAAUGCUUAACAUCCAAAACAAAAACAGCAGCUACUUCGUCGAAUGGAUCCCGAACAAUGUAAAAACAGCUGUCUGCGACAUUCCACCGAGGGGUUUGAAGAUGUCGGCAACCUUUAUAGGAAAUACUACAGCAAUUCAAGAAUUGUUUAAAAGAAUUUCUGAGCAGUUUACAGCCAUGUUUAGGAGGAAAGCAUUCUUGCAUUGGUAUACUGGCGAGGGUAUGGAUGAAAUGGAAUUUACUGAAGCUGAAAGUAAUAUGAAUGAUUUAGUUUCUGAAUACCAGCAGUACCAAGAUGCUACAGCAGAUGAUGAAGGGGAGUUCGACGAAGAAGUAGAAGAAUAA